AUGUUAGGCAUAACAAUGCAUACUUUUCCGAUGGCAAUUACUACCACAUAUACUUGUUCAUCGAGUUCUUUUUGUGGAUGUUCACUUAAUUCAGCUAGUUUAACAAAAAUUGUCGGUGGAGAAACUGCUUCAAGUCAAACAUGGGGAUGGGCUGCAUCACUUCGUUAUACAUCUAGUGGUUCGCAUUUUUGUGGUGGAUCAAUUAUAUCCGAUUCACAUAUUCUUACUGCAGCACAUUGUACUCAAAAAUUAAAUUCUCCUUCUUCAGUACGUGUUCAUGUUGGAUCGAUAUAUUUAUCUUCAACAGGUCAAGUAAAAGAUGUUUCAAGAAUUUAUAAUCAUCCAAAUUAUUCAUCAUCAGAUUAUCGUAAUGAUAUUGCUAUAUUGAAAUUAUCAUCACCAUUAAAUCUUGAUCAAACUGGUGUUGAUCUUGUUUGUUUACCUAAUAUAUCAACAACUGCACUUGCCAAUGGAGAAUAUCCAUCAGCCGGCCUCAAUCUUGUUGCUAUUGGUUGGGGUGUUCAAACAGAAGGCAGUCAAACAGUUUCUUCAACACUUCAACAAGUAACUAUUCAAUCUAUUGCUAAAACUAGUGGUUAUUGUCAAAAUGUUGAUUUAAUUGAUUCAUCUACAAGAUUUUGUGCUGGUGUGAUGCCUACUGGCGGUAAAGAUACAUGUCAAGGUGAUAGUGGUGGUCCAUUAUUAAUGUUUACUUCUAGUAAUGUUUGGGAACAAGUAGGAAUAACUUCAGUUGGAUAUGGAUGUGCAAGGGCUUAUUAUCCUGGUAUUUAUACACGUGUUGCAGCUUAUCAGUCAUGGAUAAAUGCAGUAAUGAAUCGAGCAAAUCGAGUAUUUAUCAUUUCAUAUGCAAUGUUUAUUCCACUUGUAUUAUUCAUUUUAUUACAAAAAGAUAUUUUUUAA